AUGACAUAUUUGAUGAAAAUGUUGGAGCUUCUCGCCGAACAGAUUUUUAAAAUGGAGGAGACUGUGCGAGCUCGUCCAUCCGCAGUGAACCUCACGAUUUCGAAACGGAGAGGAAAGAUUCUAAAAUACCUCUUCGGUGCUUCGAUUCGCUGUGGGACAGGCAAAGGGGUAGAAUCGAUCAACAAACAGAUAGCAGAAACAAGAGUAAGACCGAUGACGAGAUUGUUUUUGAAUGUCCCAACCGAUCAGGAAUUCGAAAAAUGCAGACAAGCCUGGGGCAAUUGCUCCGAAUUGGUUUCUAUUGCAACUCUGUGUGGACAAUGGAAACCCCAAAGACGCCUGUCAGUUGGUGAUAAAUUCACUGGCUCCUCGUAUAAUCCGCCCAUUGUAGUCGAAAUUGUGGACUCAUCCAAUUGUCCUCGUGUUGCAACUUCUCUUGGCCUUGACCUCCAUAUCGAAACUCCUCAAGAUGCUAUACAUUAUGUGAAAGAUGAUCUUUCUGUUAUAUUGAGGAAGUUAAAGAAUAUGGCUUCAAUCAUAUCAUUAUCGUUGGGCAACGUUACUGUGGAAUGCUUUUCCUAG